AUGGCAGAUCCUCUCUCCAUCGCCGCCAGUGUCGCGGGCCUCGUUACUCUUGCCGCCUCCACUGCGAAACUGGCCAAGACGUUGUCGGAUCGAUACAACGAGAAAGCCGCUGCUUCAAUACGGGGAAACGUCGAGACUCUUGAUUCGGCACUGAUCCGAAUCAACAGGAGUCUCGAGCACCAAGCGUUCAAUCAUCCUGGAGAGGAAGCUCUGAGGCAGCCUAUCGAGUCUUGUGCGCGAACACUGAGGAACAUCGAGAUGCAGUUCCAGAAACUGGAAAUAAAGGGUUAUUCGUGGCAGAGCAUGAGAGAGAGGAUUGCGCGUCCGGAGGUCUUGAGGGAUAUCUCAACGCUGCAGGGUAUGUUGGAAGGGCAGAAGACAACGCUGUUGAUCGCAAUGCAUUACUUCAUUGUGUGGCGCGAACACUGGUUGAUCAUGGCGAAUAGAAACUGCACCGGCGAGAGCCAGAGCAAGAUGCUGCACAUGAUAUUCAGAGCCAUCGAGGAACUCAGAACCACCAUUGACAGAGAGCGGCCCGUGUACACGCCUUUCCAGAACAUUGGCGAUGGCGUGCUCACCAAUUUAAUGAGAGCAGACGUCGACUACGCAAGCACACCAUCUGUGGUGCAUGCACAUCCCUCCUUUGAUGACUGGCUCUCAACAUGGGCAACACCAGACGGCCAAGAUGGCCAGACGUCCUCAACUGACGAAUCAACUAAAGGAGAACGUCUGAAUCCCGAAUCUGACAUUGCGUCUAGCCGGCCGCAGAACGUAAAGUUGAUCAUCGAAGGCCUCCCGCAAUCAACCCAGGAAGGAACUGCGACAAGAGAGAUCACCACACCUGCAAACACACCAUUGUACGAUAUCAUGUUCCAACUCGAUAAAGAGUCGCUGAAACCACCUGAACGCUGUCUCUCUGACAAUCUUCAAGGAAUUGACCGAAUCUGCGGUCUCGCCAUCGUGGAAAACGGAAUCAAGUUGGCACCAUUCAUGCCUUGGAGCACCUCGUUCGUGGUGGUCACGGAGGGACUGAGUUGUUACGACGUUCAGUGUGGGCUCAAGAUUAACCGCGACGAGAGUUUGAUCCACUUCUACAAUGAAUGUAUUCGCAGACGCCUGAAUAUCACGGGAGGGGGGCAGCCGGUAGUCGAAAAGCUGCAAUCUAGCAUUGCGAUACGGAAUACCUCUGUUCCCGAACGUGCUGCAAGCGUGACGUUCCAAAGGACUUUGCGUCUUCCGGAGCGGUCUGAUCAAAACCCAAGGCAAAGGUCGAUGAGCCACCAUCUAAUGUAUGAAAAGGCUCAAGGUAUCUCAGAGUUCUUGGGCCCAUUUCCUCUUUUCGACACUAAGACGUACGGAGACAGGCUUCCGAAGGAGAUGGAAGAAAAGGGGGGAUUGUUCUUCCCAAUCUUCCAACGCGAGGCAUUUGCCUUUUCCUUCGAGGACACCAGCAAGGGUAGCAAGCGGGCAUUAGACGACAAAGAUGAUCAGCAGUUUGCCAUCAAAGUAUACUCCAGCUCCAUCAACUGCAUCUCUGGCCAACAGGUCACCGAUUCCAUGCCACAGGAGCAGGACUACAUAAUCUGUCCGAGACAGAGGAGGCUAGACGGCUUCAAGUCCGCAGACAACGAGACUCGACAAUUUGUCGCAAUGCCCUUGGGCUGGGAGUACUCGGCUGAAUACCAAUUGAUUAACAAGGAAGAAAUUGGUGGGAUUCAGCUACAAAUCGCGCCACGUCUUAGAGAUUGUGUGGAGUUCCGUGCCUUGGAUCACUUAUGGAAUUUAGGGUGGUCGUUCCGAUGCUCCGCCACAGCUUCAGAGUUGGGGCUGGCAGCUGGUUCUGUCGUUGCCAUGUCCGACUUCGACCCCGAUAUCAAGCUUCUCAAUGAGUUUGAGCACUCAUUUGCAGACCGCAGCAGGUGGCAGAUCCACGGCCGGUCCAACCCUUUGAUGUAUCCCAUGGAUGAGACUGGUCUGCAUCGCGUCACUACAGUCCAGGAUUUGCUUCAGAGAAAUGGCGAACAGUACCUAGGUCAGACCUCUAGCAUUCGCCUACAGCCUGUGCUUUCGGUGGCUUUUCAACUGAAAUUCACUAUCGGAAAUGAGAAUGCCCAGUCGGGCGAACUCAAGUUCGAUACGAGUUUCAGUUGCUCACCCUUUCUCGACUUCGGGCUCGUUGUAUCAAAGUGCCUUCACGAUCACAAAAUCAACUGCGGCCAUUGUGAGGUUUGCAAAUCAUCCAAGGUCUUUUCAAGUCCUCCAGUAUGGCAAUUCGCAUUGCUGGGAAAGAAACCCUUCAUAGCUGGCAUCCCGUAUAUUCAUCCGCCACCUUUAAUAGACAGUAGCACUGAUGAAUUAUGGUCCCCACAUCGGCAGCCAGCAUACAGCCCAGACGGCUGGGAGAUGACACUCGGAGCCGGGGCACGCCUUCUUCAAGAAAUUCACCGAGGCAAAGAGUUGAACUGGGACUGGAACAACAGUUGCUUGGUGAAUAUUCAGCUACUGAACGCGGCUGCUUUCAAAUCUGUCACGGGCAUUCCUGCUUGGACACCCAUAUCUCUGCUGGACUAUCGCAAGAAGGGGCGUCUGUUGCAGGUGCCAGUGGUAGCGGAGAGCACAGGCAAUUACGCAACGCAAGUUGCUGUGCGUGAUUUGAAGUCCAUCAGUACCCUUGACAUCACACUUUCAGACGACGUUAGAUACAAGCGUCGGAUAGUCACUUGUCCCGAAUGCGAGACGAACAUGUGCAACGUUGCAAUUUUGCCGUGCAAACAUAUCUUCUGCUCAGAUUGCGUGGGCAGUGGAUCUAAGCGCUCCUGCUUUCAGUGUGAUGGACGCUAUACGGGCCAGAUUAUCUUCUCCGGCGCUAUGGAAUCACCGUUCGGGAAGCCAGCCAAUAUGGUCUCUUCUUGGGCUCUCUCGACUUAUGAAUUACUCAAGCAACUGCAGUGCGUUCCCGGGUACGAUAUUGUACAGCCGCCUUCACGGGAAAGCCCCCAGACUGUAGCGCAAAAGCUUUCACGGUUGAGUUGGGGAGAUCAGACUUCUUUCUGGUUCAACUUCAUCAUUUCCACCUUGAACAAGACGGAUAAGCGGUCACGGUCGUCAAUGGCCACAAUACUGGCGAUCGAGAAGGCUCGAUCUUCCAACAUACAUCAACUUGAGUCAUUGCUCCCGCUUCUUUCGAAGGCUGAUUUCUUGAAUGAGAAGGAUUCUGACCAAACACCGCUACUGGAACUCAUCGGCCUGUCGCUGAAGAAUGUAAAUAGCUCCGGGGCACAGAAUCACGGCUGCAGUCCAAGAGCGUCUACGUGCCUCGAGGCUGUGAUUGACUGGAUGGAGACCGAAUCCAUUGGACCAGGCGAGCUGCUAUGCUGCGGUAUGGACUUGAAACCAUGGCUUCGUUCCCAGAAGACACCAAGUCUGAAGUGUGUGACCCGAUUCUUGAAACAAGGUGGCAGGUCGUUUCUCAGAGAUUAUGGGUUCAACCGUGAGGAUCUUCAACUGCCGGCCUCUCGGGAAGUCAGAGAGUUGCUUCUCGAGGACUUCAUAUCCAACGGCUUCGACCUGAACGCUCGCGAUGCGCAAGGUCGCACUAUCCUGUGGACCGAACGUCAGCUGACACACAUGUUCCUGGACAACGGUGCUCGCGUGGACAUACCGGACUACCAUGGCAACACCAUACUUCACUCCCUAGUCCAGAAGCAAGAUCCUACAAGCCUCCAGAACAACCAAGGGCCAUUGGAAACUCUUUUGCACCACGAAAAGGGAAGGGAAGCGGUGAACGUGCGCAACCGGGACGGACUGACCCCCUACCACCUUGCCCUAGGUAUUGAUGCGAUUCAUUACUGGGACAUUUACACGAGGCUCCUCGAGAACGCUCAAGCUGACGUAAAGAUCACAUUUCCAAAAGGUGUCCAUCGGAAGGAGCUAAUGUAUAGCCUGGAGAAGUGGCGAGCAGGGGUGGCAAGCGUCGGUGCAUUCAGGAGGCCAGCUGCCGAGGAACGCAUCUCGAGGGCGCAAUUGGUGAUUUCAAACAGUUGGUCGCAAGAUAUAAGCUCUUUUAACACUACGGAGUCUUGA